UUUUCAAUUGUUCAAUUUGUGUUUACAGGGCGGCACGACAAGACGGGAUAGGAAACUCUCGUUUGGCUGAUUACAGGUUAACGUACUGAAAAACAGCCAAUCGGAGAGAGCUUCCUACACUGUCGUGUCGUGCCGUGCCGUCCCGGAAUCGGUAAGUGUGAAAACGUUUAUUGGCUGAUUAGGUUGACUUAUUGCGAAUCAACCGAUCAGAGAACAUCCUGUCCUAAAGUGUCGUGCCUUCCCGGAAUCGUUCAGGUGAAUACAGCCAACAUGAUAUCGCGCAAGCGCAGUGAUUCGGGCUCAAAGAGGCCUCUAAAAGAAAAAGUGGUUCAAAUAUAUGAAUCAUUCUUCAAGGGUGAAGAUCUCGCUGCCAGGAAUCCAAAUUUCUGGGAUGAGUUGUUUCUUCUCAAGCCCAAGCCACAACAGCUGGAGGCGGAAAUAAUGAAGCUGCAAGGCGAUCAAUUGUUGGCAAUUAAGGAUAACAUGAAUAUGCUGUUCUCGCAAUGCAUAGAAACCCUUGGUCACGAACAUACUAUCAGGGUUAUUUAUGCACUACAAACGUUGUGUGCCGUAGUCAGUAGUUUCUACAAGAAGGCACUGGGUGACUGUGGAUUCAACGUAAUCAACAUACUGGUGGGAUUUGACGAGGCAGAGGAGAGAAUGCGAACCCUGUUGUACCACUGCAAUAAUUUUCUGUCAGGUGAUAAUCCAGUGAGUUUGAAGUCACUGUGCCUAAAAUUGCUGCUACUGAUAGUAACCGGGACUGAGAAUGUUAGUCAGAAUACGCUUUUAGAAUACAUUAUGAUGAAUAGUAUCUUUGAAACGCUUAUACAGUUGCUAACGGACGGUGUCAGCCGCGCUAACCACGGCCACGAUGUGGUUCUACUGCUCACGCUUCUAGUCAAUUAUCGCAAGCAUGAGGCUGCCAAUCCCUACAUCGUCAAACUGUCAAUCCUCGACGAUCAACUGGCGCUAAACGGAUACGGACAGGUAAUAACUGCUUCGCUGGCCGAAUUCUGUCACCAGUUCACACUACAACAGACCGAGCCUCAGGCUGGUUCGUGGCUUUUCUCGUCCAUUUCAAAUAUAGUUGGCAGUAUGUUUGUGUCUGAGGAGAGUGGCAUUAGAACUCAACAGAUGAGGGCCAAGAACGGAGUGCUAGUUGCCCUGUACGAGGCCGUUCACCUGAAUCGCAACUUCGUUACCACCCUGGCCCAGGACCACCCCGCCUCCUCCGCCAACUCCUCCUCGCCCCCUGAUCCCCCCUCCGACCCAUCCACAACCCCCACCACCACCACCACUCCGCCGCCUCCUCCUCCUCCCUCUUUCAUCACGCUCACCAACGAACCGUCCAAUCUGCUAGUCACGUUCUUUCAGUACUGUUCGAUAGUGAUGCAAGACACCAAGUGCGAGGCGAGCAUGAACACGGUGAAGUUAUGCUUUGUGAUACUGCGCUGCAUCGCUGAAGACCAGUACGCCAACUCACUCAUGCAUGAUGUCAACCUCACCUUCCGCGUCGCCCUGCAUCACAUGCCUAUGCGCAUGCGUCCUCUGCCCGCCAAGGGAACCUCGGAUAAGCCCAGUCAGCCGCUCGCGUCUACGCUCAUUGAACUGCUAGUGGAGUUCAUAAUGUCGCAUAUGAUGCGCCGCCUGCCGCUGGAGCAGUACCUGCAGUGCGUCGGCUGUCUGCACCGUCUGCUCUGCUACCAGAAGCGCACACGCGUCCGUCUGCUCUACCCCUGGAAGGAGUUGUGGGCAGCUCUCAUCACCCUGCUCAAGUUCAUCCUUACCAACGAGGCCCAUCUCGUCAAGAAGAUGAAUAUUUUCAUGCUCAGUCUGCAGGUUGUGAACAUCUUCAAUCUUUUUAUAACGUACGGUGAUACAUUCCUACCAUCUCCUAGCAGUUACGAUGAACUCUACUAUGAAAUAAUAAGGAUGCACACAGUAUUCGAUAAUAUUUAUUCUGUAGCUUUUAGGUAUUCCACAAUAGAAGGGGAAUAUAAGGACACGGCACUGAGAUUAACGAAUAGUUUAAUCAAUGUCAGAGCGAUUAUCAGUCAUUUCACUCCUAAAAUAGAUGCUUGGCUAGCCAAUCAAGGGCUGUCAACGCCCUCUGAAAGUGAAAUUUUAGAAGUUGUGAGACAAAACUACGACAGUUUAACGCUGAAAUUGCAGGACAGCCUUGAUCAGUAUGAGCGCUACUCUGAAUAUCCACGGCAUGCCUCUUUCUUCACUGCCAUGGUUCGCAGUGUGGUGAAUGAUACGAGGCAAAGCAUAGAUUUCACAACGUUGGACCUUCAAUCUGUGUUACAAGAAUUCUCUAUAAUCACAUGAGAUUCGGAACAAGACCACUGUUUUUUCCUGAAUUUGUUUUUAUGAAGGGAAAUGGCAUUGUGUCUUAACUGUAAAGGUUUGGUUACCUCAUUUGUAAAUAUAUGUUGAAUACCAUAAGAUUCAAUCGAGUGAACACUUCAUUCCAAGUUUAAAUACAGGAUCUGAGUUUCAUUACUGGAGAGCUACUCCAAAUAAUAGAGUAACUGUAUUAUGAAAUAUAGUAUUUAACUAUUUCAUAUGAAAUAGUUCUUCUAUGCUGUGUCUUAACUGUAAAGGUUUGGUUACCUCAUUUGUAAAUAUAUGUUGAAUACUAUAAGAUUCAAUCGUGUGAACACUUUAUUCCAAGUUUAAAUACAGGAUUUAUAGUGAGUUUCAUUGCUGGAGAGCUACUCCAAAUAAUAGAGUAACUGUAUUAUGAAAUAUAGUACUUAACUAUUUCAUAUGAAAUAGUUAUUCUCUGCUAUAAAUUUAACAAAUUACCGUGGAUGAUAAAUUCUAACGAAAUACAUAAUUGUAUUAUUGUUAGCAUAAUAUAUAGAGUGAGUCAUAUGUAUGGGAACACCUCAAUAAGUUGGAGACUGCUGUAGAUGUAAUACUGUAACUUU